AUGAGGGACCACUACACUAUCAUCCUUGCGAUGUUCGCCUGUCUAGGCACCUUUCUCUAUGGAUUUGAUACCGGCAUUGCCACGACAACCAUUGCUCACCUGAGCUUCGUGGAAUACAUGCAAAACCCAUCAAACGCCAUCAUAGGAUCCGUUGUGGCGACCUACAUUGCCGGCGAAGCUGUUGGUGCUAUCAUGCAGAUUCUCAUUGCCGACAAACUAGGCCGUCUUCGUUUCAUGCAGCUUCAAUGCAUCAUCGUAAGUGUCGGAUGCGCCAUUCAGACUGGCGCAGUCAACGUCGGCAUGUUCCUCGGAGGUCGCAUAAUAGCAGGCAUCGCCGUCGGAGCACUCAGCGGCACUGUUCCCGUCUACCUCUCUGAGAUCAGCCCACCUAAGAUCCGCGGCCUCAUCGGAGGUCUCAACGGUGUUGGGCUCGCCUUUGGAACCAUGACUUCGAACUGGGUCGGGUUUGCCGGCGGCUUUGCUCCUUAUGGCCAGGCCCAGUGGCGCGUUCCGCUUGGUCUACAAAUUCCUUGGGGGAUCGUCCUCUUUACGGGUCUCAUAACCUUCAUGCCGAACUCUCCCCGUCAGCUGAUCCAAAGGGGCCGCGUAGAGGAAGCGCGGUCUGUGUUCACGAGGAUAAGAAGCGAUCUCCAGUCGCACGUUGUGCAAGAGGAGUUCAGCCUGAUGAAAGCCCAGAUCGAGUUCGAGAUACAAAGAGAAAUCCCGACGUUCAAAGAAAUCUGGAAAACGUAUCGACGCCGGGUUCUAGUCUCGGUCUCAGUCCAGAUAUUGACGAGCGUUACGGGAGUCAACGUUGUCCAGUACUAUCAAACAUCUCUGUAUCGCUCACUCGGCAUCGACUCGAAGACGAUUCUUGCCCUAGCCGCCGUUUGGGGCACCUGCGCAUUUCUCGCCACCACAGUAGCUGUUCUCAUCUUACCGGAUAGAUGGGGUCGCCGCAAAAUGCUUUUAGCAGGCGUUGCUUGGGUCAUCGUGAUUGAAAUCUACUGCGCUGUCAUGCAGCGCUCAUUUCAGAACACCGACAACCGCGUCGGUAAAGGCUUCGCCAUCCUGGGCAUUUAUUUAUUUGCCGUCGGAUACUACAGCCUCAUCAAUCCCGUCACAUGGAUUUACGGCGCCGAAGUUCUUCCAAUCUCCAUCAGAAGCAAGAUCAUGGGCGUCGCAGCGGCGGCUCAUUACAUUGUCAACGUCGGUGUUACUCAGGCCGGUCCCAGCGCGUUCGCCACGAUCCACGAGAACUAUUACUACGUCUUUGUCGGUUGUUGCGCCGUCUUCUUCGGCAUCAUUUAUCUAUACUACCCCGAAACAAAGCAAAAGACGCUCGAGGAAAUCGCCGCCGCGUUCGGCGAUCGCGUUGUCGAGAUCGAGACUCAUCAGGUGGCAAACGCAAUCGUUGACGUAGAAGCCAAAAACGGCUGCUCGUUGGAACACUUGGAAUUGGACGAGAAGCGUAGCUCCAGGGUUUAG